AUGCGCGUGGCACGGAUUUUGCAACGGACGCGGUCCUUGAAGGAGUUACGGAAGUUGGUCUCUAUGAUGGCCACCUGCAUGAAGACUCUAGGUUGGUCGUUUAUAUUUUGCUUUGCCUUCAUGACCUUCUGGGCGAUGUUGAUGGUGGAAUUCGUCCAUCCUUUGGUGGUCCAGAUGCAGCAGGAGGCGGUACUUGACUGUCCAGAAUGCAUCAGGUCAACUUCUUCAAUCAUGGCAGCAAACCUGUUGCUGUUCAAGACAGUGAUUGCUGGCGACAGCUGGGGACACAUUGCCGUACCAGUGAUCGAGCACAGCCCGGCGACGGCCAUCAUCUUCUGCGGGUCGCUCAUGACGACGGUUUUCGGGGUCUUGAACCUGCUGAUUGCA